AGAGGUGGCAUAUCCCGUGGAGCGAUGCGAUUGGAGUUAUGCCACUGCUCCACUGAAAGGGCGGCGAGAUGUUGUCGGCGUACGGUGGCGGAGAGGUCGGUGCGACGAUGACGUGGGAGGACGAGAUGAUGAGCCUGGUGGACGAUGCUUGGUUCCGGUACCCGGACGCUAUGGGCGAGGCAGCCGCGGCGGCGUCGAGCGAGGAGAGGGAUGCGAUGGAUCGAUCUGACAGGACUUCUGCCAGCGAGUUCCACGAAACAAGCAAGGAGGAGGUUGUGGUUCUGUCCGAGACGCUGAGGGAUCAGGUGGGUGGGUUCUUGAGGGCGACGGGGGAACUGGUGGCGGAGCUCAGCCGGGGAUGUUGGGACAUUAUGCUACAGAGCCUCGCGGCGGCGCAGCACACCUUUGUCGGGAAGAAGAUGAAAGGGAAAUGCGUCUCGGCGUCGCGAAAGCUAGGGUUCUUGAAUGCGUUCCUCCCCGAGGAUCGGGAUCCGACGCAGGCGUGGCCGGUCGUCAUUUGCGUGUUUUCACUCUCGCUUAUGGUGUUGAUUGUAAGCAGUGGAAAUGCAUUCAGGUCUCAGCCGCAGAAAAAACUCUAUGUAAGUCCUCCAAGUGCUAGCAGGAUUCAACUUCCAGAUGGACGUUAUAUUGCCUAUCAUGAACAAGGAGUUGCAGCUAAAGAUGCUAGGUUCUCUGUGAUGGUGCCACAUUCUUUUCUUUCUUCUCGAUUUGCAGGAAUACCUGGUAUUAGUACAUCCCUUUUGGAGGAGUAUGGUGUUAGGCUGAUUACAUAUGACCUACCAGGAUUUGGUGAGAGUGAUCCUCAUCCAGGCAGAAAUCUGACCUCAUCAGCUCUGGAUAUGCAUCAAGUAGCAAAUGCUCUUGGAGUUGUUGACAAGUUCUGGGUGGUAGGGCUCUCAAGUGGAGGAUUGCAUGCAUGGGCUGCUCUUCGUUAUAUUCCCGAUCAAAUUGCAGGUGCUGCCAUGUUUGCUCCUAUUGUUAAUCCAUAUGAUUCCAGUAUGAACAAGGCAGAGAGACGGAGAACAUGGGAGAAUUGGACAUCUAAGAGAAGAUUGAUGUUUAUAUUAGCUCGGAGGUUUUCUUCUCUUCUCCCAUAUUUUUACCGUAGAAGCUUUUUAUCUGGAAGGUUAGGCCAACCUGAGAAGUGGUUAUCAUUGUCUUUAGGGGAAAAGGACAAAUCCUUACUGGAAGAACCAAAAUUGAGUGAGUUCUGGGUGAAAAAUGUGGCUGAAUCUGUUCGUCAAGGAGAGAGUAAACCUUUUGUAGAGGAGGCAGUGCUACAAGUAUCAAAUUGGGGUUUCACACUUGCAGACCUUCAAGUGCAAAAACAGCCAGAACGAAAGUGUUUCUUGCCAUGGCUCAGAUCACUCUACCAAAAGCCUGAACUUAAGCGGACAGGCUUUCUUGGACCAAUACACAUCUGGCAGGGAAUGGAUGACAAUGUGGUUCCUCCUUCCAUGAUUGUCUUCAUCAAAAGAAUGGUACCAGCUGCUACAAUACACAAGUUGCCUAAUGAAGGUCAUUUCUCCUAUUUCUGGUUUUGUGAUGUCUGCCACAGGCAGAUAUUCUCCACUCUAUUUGGUGUUUCUAAAGGGCCUUUAGGAAAUGUUUCGAAGGCAGAAAACUCUGAAGGUUAUAAUGAAGAACUCACAUCUGAUACUAAUGCUGAAAAAGAGAGACUGGAGGAGGUUACUCUGGACUAAGCCAUCUGAUUUGUGUUCUUCCUAAAUCUGUUUUCUGGAUGCGGGUACCAAAAAUUAUUUGCCGGUGUCUUCAUCUCAAUUAUAGUACUGAGGAUCAAUAGUUCUUCAAGCUAGAGCACUAUAUAUCAUACCCAGAUCAUAUCGGGGUUUCUUGGUUCACAACAUAACCUUUUCAAAAUGUAAUGACAAAAGUUUUAGAUGGUCUGAUUUUUUGUCGCCAAGAGGCUCCAUUUUGUGCUGCUGUUUUUUCUGAAUGGCACAACGCACUAGUUCAAGUUUUCACAGAUUGUUUGCUGGCUCUAGCGAAUGUCGAGUGGCAAUGUUUGACCCUUUGUCGAAGAUUCUGUAGCUGUUGUAACUCAAUUUGGUAAACUUCUCUGCCCUUUUUGGUGUUAGAUUGUGUUAAAUUUCAAAUUUCUAUAGCAGGGGAAUUGGUAGAAGUUA